UUUUAUUUUCCUUUUCUCUCCUUUCUUCUUCUCUCUCCUUUCGCAUUUCGAAGCUCAAGGAAAGCUUUCGCAGAAAAAAAAAAAAGCUAGAGAGAGAGAGAGAGAUUGUCAAUUUUAUUUUGAUUCUCCGUAUUGGUAAUUAGGGUUUCCUAUUCGAUUUCGCCCCCUUCCAGAGCUGAAUCUCCCGCCUUUAUCGCCGGCGUCUAGAACCCUAAUUUUGCUUCGGUGUCAGCAUCUUCACUUUCUCGGCUCGAUUUGGUGUUGGAGGUGGAGAAGUCAGUGAUGGGCGCCCCUGAAAAGUCGCAAUCUAAUUCCAAUUCCAGUUCUAUGCAGAGAGUGAAGGUUUAUCAUUUGAAUGAAGAUGGUAAAUGGGAUGAUCGAGGAACUGGGCAUGUAAGCAUCGACUAUGUGGAGCGUUCCGAAGAGCUCAGUCUUUGUGUAAUCGAUGAAGAAGAUAACGAGAUGUUACUUGUGCAUCCCAUCAACCCUGAGGAUAUUUACAGGAAGCAAGAAGACACGAUAAUCUCAUGGAGAGACCCAGAGCGUUCAACAGAAAUGGCUUUGAGCUUUCAAGAGACUGCUGGGUGCUCUUAUGUAUGGGACCAAAUCUGCGCUACGCAACGAAAUUUGCAUUUCAGCUCUCUGAACAGUGAAACUUUUCACAGCUUGAAUAGCGAGUUGAGGGAGCUUCCUGCUGUAGAGCUUACUACACUUCCCCUAAUACUGAAGAUUGUUACGGAGAGUGGCAUGACAGAUCAGAUGCGUCUAACUGAACUUGUAUUGAAGGAUAAUGAUUUCUUCCGGAAUCUGAUGGGUGUCUUUAAAAUAUGCGAGGAAUUGGAAAAUGUUGAAGGCCUUCACAUGAUAUUCAAUAUUGUCAAGGGAAUCAUUUUGCUCAACAGUUCUCAGAUCUUGGAGAAAAUAUUUGGAGAUGAGCUGAUCAUGGAAAUUAUUGGAUGCCUUGAGUAUGAUCCCGGUGUUCCUCACUCUCAGCAUCACCGGAAUUUUCUGAAGGAGCAUGUCGUUUUUAAGGAGGCUAUACCAAUUAAAGAUCCGUUAGUCCUGUCAAAGAUACACCAAACGUACAGAAUUGGCUACUUGAAGGAUGUUGUCUUGGGCAGAGUAUUAGAUGAUGCUAUUGUUGCAAACUUGAAUUCAGUUAUACAUGCCAACAAUGCCAUUGUUGUUUCAUUGCUGAAGGAUGAUAGCACUUUUAUUCAGGAAUUAUUUGCAAGGUUUAGGUCACCUUCUACAUCUAUGGAAUCCAAGAAAAAUUUGGUAUAUUUCUUGCACGAAUUUUGUAGUUUAAGCAAGAGCCUCCAAGUGGUGCAGCAGCUGCGGCUUUUUAGGGACCUUGUCAAUGAAGGAAUUUUUUAUGUCAUAGAGGAAGUCUUGCAGAUUCCAGACAAAAAACUCGUAUUAACUGGAACAGAUAUCCUGAUUCUUUUCUUGAAUCAAGACCCCAGUCUUUUACGUUCUUAUGUUGUUCGCACCGAAGGAACCCCCCUUCUCGGUCUCCUGGUGAAGGGAAUGAUGGAAGACUUUGGUGAUAAGAUGCAUUGCCAAUUUCUAGAAAUUAUCCGAACAUUACUGGAUACAAAUGCAUUGUCUGGUGGAGCUCAGAGAUCAACUAUCUUGGAUAUUUUCUACGAGAAACAUCUACCUGAGAUAGUGGAUGUUAUUACUGCCUCAUGUCCUGAGACGUCAGGCAAUACAUCUGAAGGUCCAGCGAGAAGGAUUCGCACAAAGCCUGAAGUCUUGCUGAACAUAUGUGAACUGUUGUGCUUUUGCAUCAUGCAAGAUUCAUCCAGAACAAAAUGCAGUUUUCUCCAAAACAAUGUGACUGAAAAGAUCUUGCAUCUCACACGGAGAAAGGAAAAAUACCUUGUGGUUGCUGCUAUAAGAUUUGUCCGUACUCUCCUAUCCGUGCAUGAUGAUUUUGUCCAGAACUACGUUGUUAAGAACAACACACUGAAACCAGUUAUGGAUGUCUUCAUUGCCAAUGGGAACCGGUACAAUCUGUUGAACUCUGCAGUCUUGGAUCUGCUUGAGCACAUACGCAAGGGAAAUGCAACUCUGUUGCUCAAAUACAUAGUUGAUACGUUCUGGGACCGGUUGGCUCCGUUUCAGUGCUUAAUCUCUAUCCAGGCUUUUAAGAUCAAGUAUGAGCAGUGCUUAGAAAGUGCCGUACCGAAAAGCAGUGCUGAUGAGGUUAAUCCGAGAAGAAAAGUUGAGGAGCGUGCAUUGGAUAAAGAGGAGGAAGAUUAUUUCAACGAAGACAGCGAUGAAGAAGAUUCUGCAUCUGCUUCUAAUACACAGAAGGAAAAACCUGCCUCUAAUACACAGAAAGAACAACCGAAGCCUCCUCAUCUUUCAAAUGGAGUGGCUCCAAGCUCUUCUUCCAGCCCGAGGUCUGGAGGCUUGGUUGACUAUGAGGACGAUGAAGAUGAUGAAGACUAUAAGCCGCCUCCUCGGAAGCAACCAGAAGCCUCUGAAGAGGAUGAAGGCGAGCUCCUUAGGCUGAAACGCAAAUCCCCUUUAGUAGAAAGGGAACAAGAGGCAUCCAAGAAACCACGGCUGGGUAAAAAUUCGAAAAGAGACAAUGUAUUUGCCGUUCUUUGUUCGACGCUGAGCCAUGCAGUGCUAGCCGGUAGGAAAAGUCAAAGCACCACUGUAUCUUCAGCACGGUCGGUUGUAGCUAAGGAACCAGAGGACCCGAGUAGUGAAGAGAAUAACAGUAGCAAUUCAGAUGACGAAAAUCAUAAGGAUGAUGGAGUUUCUAGUUCUGAACGCGGAGCAUCAUCAGACAAUGGAAAGCUGAAUGGGGAAGAAUCCAUGGUAGUAACUCCCAAAUCAUCACCUGAGAUGGCUGUAAAUGGAUCCUGAGAUUUCAACACCUCUGGACUUCUAUAUAAGUUGUGGCCGUAGACGGAAGGCACUUCUCAUAGGUGCAAAUAGAAAACGCUUCAGAGUUUUAAGACUGAGAAGGAGACGUGAGAAAGUUAAAGAAAGCUUUGUGGCAACAAAAGGAGAGGAACAAGUGUAUAGUGAGCGGCUGUUUGAGAUGUAAUAGGGUCGCCGCCCAUAGUGUUUGCAGCCGGGAUAACUUUUUAGUUUAUUUGUUUCGAUUUAAAAACAACAAUGUAUUUUUGGUUUGAAUCCUAUCUUUUAAAUUUAAAUGUCUAUAAGUUCUAUAAAAUACCUAUUUCCAGUAAAAAAUAUGUGGUUUACUCA